AUGGCAACCGUCAUGUCCAGCAGCAACGUGCCUAGCAUGGCAGUGUCCCAACCCCAGCCCAUCCCCCAAGACCUCACUUCUCCCAUCCUCGAAGCCGAUGAAUCCGAAAGCGAGUCCCCCAAUGAACCUGUGACCCCCAUUAGCAGCGGGCGACAGUCGCAAGAGUUCACCACCCGUCCUAGUCAGGACCACGACCUUCACCAGGCCCAGACCACCCCUAAGCCUCUGCUGGUCAACACCGCUGCCACACCUUCGGCCACGACACUGAAGCCCGCUAACUCGGAACUCCAAGCCCCAUCAUCAGCUCCUGCUGCUGACCAAGAACCGCCACCGACUCCGCUGUCCAGGCGGCCCACCCGAGGCUCUACUUCAAGCUUUAAGCGGACCAUGUCCAACAUCUUCCGGAGAUCCAACUCGUCGCUGACUAGACCGGAUUUCGGCUUCACCACUGACCAGCUGGCUGGCGCUUCAGAGAGUGCCUUGGUUGAUACCCAGCCUCCUAAGAGCAGCGGAAGACGGCCCUCCAUGAACACAUCACACAACACAACGAGGUCCAACUCGCCUCCUUCACCGGGCUCCCCCGUCGACCAUCCCGCCUCCUAUAAAGAGUCUUCCCACAUGCCUACCUCGGAUGACUUCAACAAGAAGAAGAACAGGGCGUCCACCGGCCUUUCUCUUCGCGGACGCGCCGUCAACUUUGUCAACGCCAACGUUCCCGGGCGCGAGAAGCAUGCGUACAAAGUGCACACAGUCCGGCGCCGCGCCAGCAGCUUCGACGAUGUCCCUCGACAGAGUCCCUCAACAAAUUACCGUAUCAACGCAAACUCAGCCGUGCUCCCUCUCGACCACAACACCCCGUGGGCGCAACUCCCCGACACCGGUGUUGGUGUGAAGGCUCGCCGUCUGAGCAUCUCUCUUCCCGAUGACCUUCAGGUCGACGUCGCCGAGCUUGCGUCCGAGUUUGAGUACUUGUCCAAGUUUGGCCGCCAUGGCAAGCAUCUCGGCAAGGGUGCCACAUCAAAGGUCACAUUGAUGUGCCGAAAAGGAUGCCCUGGCGAGCUGUACGCCGUCAAGGAAUUCCGCGCCAAGCAGAAGUCUGACGACACACCGACUUACGAGAAGAAGAUCAAGUCCGAGUUUACCAUCAGCAAGAGCUUGCAUCACCCCAAUAUCGUUGAGUCCAUCAGACUCUGCACCGACCAUGGCCGUUGGAACCACGUCAUGGAAUACUGCGCGGCCGGCGAUCUCUUCUCUCUCCUCGAGAAGAAGUACUUGAUAGAAGAAGACCGUCUCAACGACCGCCUAUGCUUAUUCAAGCAGGUCAUCCAAGGCAUCAACUAUCUCCACAGCAACGGCAUCGCUCAUCGCGAUAUCAAGCCCGAGAACCUCCUCAUUACCCAGGACAGCAAGCUCAAGAUUACCGACUUUGGCGCCUCAGAAGUCUUCAACGGCAGCCACCCAGGCUAUCGAGAAUCAGGCGGACAGUGUGGCAAGAACAUGAAGACCGACAUUGAGCUGUGCAAACCUGGUGUCGUGGGCAGUGAGCCGUUUACGGCGCCAGAGGUGCUGGCCAAGGACUGCGAAUACGACCCUCGCUGCGUUGACGUGUGGUCUGCCGGUGUCAUCGGCAUUUACCUUUGCUUCGGCGGCGGAUUGUGGAAGAAGGCCGAAAGGAAGCCUUCAGAAGAGUGGUACAUCAAGCUCUGCGAGGCCUGGGAGAAAUGGUACAGAAGAAACCCCGAACCCGACGCAAAGGUCACAGAAUCGAGCUACCCGGCCUACCUUCCCUUUGACACAUCACUCAAGCCACCCGCCUUCCGCCGCGUCUUGCUCAAGAUGCUCAACCCUGACCCCAAGAAGCGGGCUACGAUUACCGAGAUCAUGAACCAUCGCUGGGUCAAGACCAUCGAGUGCUGCCAGCUGGAGACGUAUGACGAUCCGGCGACCAUGAUCGAUGCGUCCAAGAAGAACGAUGCCAAGCUGGUCAAGAAGGUUUUCUGCCACAACCACCUGCCGCUUGUGAGCCAUGGACAUUCCCUGGGAAAGAUGCCUGGCCAGGCUGGGUAUUGA